UUUUUAUUUAUGAAGUUUUGGAUUAUCUGUGGCAAUCUAGGCCAACUGGUGCCAUUAAUGUAAUUGUCACUUUUUUUUUCCUUUUCUUUUUGGACUUUUUGGUUCCCUUGAAUUUAUUUUUGUUUUUUUGGCAUUUUGGGUUACAGAGAGGGAAAGUCUCUUUCCUCUCUCUCUCUCUCGUUCUCUCUCUCUCUCGUACUCACAGCCUCACUAAUCGUUAACUCUUUUCUCUUUCACAAACGCACAAUCACUUUGUCUCUCUAGUUUCUCUCUCUAGGUUUUCUUCUGAAUUGGUGAGUUAUGGUGAGAAAACAUGGAUGGCAGCUACCUGCUCACACCUUUCAGGUUGUUGCAAUUACUGUUUUCUGCUUGUUAGUGGUUGCAUUCUAUGCUUUCUUCGCCCCUUUCCUUGGAGGUCGUAUCUGGGAGUAUGUUUUAAUCGGAAUUUACUCUCCUGUGGCACUCCUUGUUUUCAUUCUUUAUGUCCGGUGUACUGCAAUAAACCCGGCAGAUCCUAGCAUUAUGUCUAAUUUUGAUAGUAGGGUGAAAAAUAAACUCAAUAAUAUUCAUGGGUUAUCAGAAAAAGACUUGCCUAGGAAAUUUAGUGGUAUGGCCACUGGGGAGCAUUCUUCCCUAUCAUCAGCCUCUCAAAGUUCUGUAGCAGUUUCUAGUAAGAAAGGUUCAUUAGGAGAACUUGGGAGUGUAGAUAUUCAAGUAGAAACAACAACCAGAAAGUCUCAUUGUAGCCUUGGAGGAAUCUUCUGUGCGUUGUUUGUUUAUGAAGAUUGCCGGAAACAGGAUGGGGCUGCUGAGCAGCAGGGCAGUGAAGAAGCUUUGUUCUGCACGCUAUGCAAUGCUCAGGUCUGCAAAUUCAGCAAACACUGUAGAAGUUGUGAUAAAUGUGUUGAUGGUUUUGAUCAUCACUGCCGGUGGCUUAACAACUGUGUGGGGCGCAAAAAUUAUGUGACUUUUAUCUGUCUCAUGGCCAUUAGUCUUGUUUGGCUUGUUAUUGAAGCUGCAGUUGGUAUUGCUGUCCUAGUGCUUUGCUUUGUAAAUAAGAAAAGUAUGGAGGCUGAAAUUAUUGAUAGACUUGGAAACGGCUUCACUCGUCCACCACUUGCAACAGUUGUGGCUGUAUGUACUGCAGUUUCCAUGCUCGCAUGCAUCCCUUUGGGAGAACUUUUCUUCUUCCACAUGAUUCUGAUAAGAAAGGGUAUCACAACCUAUGAAUACGUUGUGGCAAUGAGAGCCAUGAGUGAGACAGCUGGUGGACAAUAUGUCGAUGAGGAACUACCCAAUAUUAUGUUCUCUCCUACAGGAUCUGCCACAACAGGCUUGAGUGGAGGAAGUUCUCUCGGUUUACAGUACAAGGGUGCAUGGUGUACUCCUCCUAGGGUAUUUGUGGAUUACCAGGAUGAAGUCAUUCCCCAGUUGGAGCCAGGAAUGGUCCCAUCAACAGUCGAUCCUGAUGCAACUGGAGUUGCAGACAGGGGGCAGAAGGGUCCCAAAAAGCCUGUUCGUAUCAGUGCUUGGAAGCUUGCAAAGUUGGAUUCUAAUGAGGCCAUGAGAGCAGCAGCGAAAGCAAGGGCAUCAUCCUCUGUUCUGCGGCCAAUAGAUAAUCGGCGGCUACCUGAUGCUGAUUAUAGCUCCAGUGGCAACAUGAGUGUUAGAAGCAGUGUAAGCACUGAUACAGGGGGAACUAAAGAGAUGAAAACUGAUCUUAGAUUAUCUCCAUAUUUAAAAGAUUCUUUUGCUCCAAGUCAAGGUAGCCGUGAUGAGUAUGAAACCGGUACUCAAAGCAUGAGUAGUUUCAGUAGUCCAAGCCAUGUUCAUGAACCGGUCACACUUAGCCCUCUACCCCAACGUGCCGGUUUGGGUUCUGCUGCAGCUCCUUCAGUCCCCAGCUUGAUGCCUGAUCGUCCAUUAACUUCAAAGGCAAUUUUCCCAAAUGUUAACCCAUCAACAUCCUAUCCUGUUGGAUUCGAUGAAAAGAUAAUGCAAAAGAGUACUGAUCCAUUAUUGCUUUCAGCACAAGCCACUUCUCUUUUUCGAGAUGUGAGACGGACAUCUGUUGUCUGGGACCAAGAAGCUGGAAGAUACGUCUCAGUUCCUGUAUCAGCUUCAGAAUCUCGGACCAAACCAUCCAUACAAGUAGGAUUACCAAAUUCUAAUGCCGAAACAAGCGGUUAUAGCAGAAAGCCAGUUAUUCCGCCACAAGAACCUUCAUCUUCUACAGUGAGACCUCCGUUGCAACAAGCAGAGAAACUGACGUACACAGGAGACUCGAUAUUCUUCGGGGGUCCGCUUCUGAGUGUCCCUUUUAGGGAUGGUCCAAAAAAUGACAAGGUUUUGAACCCAAGAGAGGGUCAAGAGAGGGUUGCUAUGAACUUGUUUAGGGAGUCCAGAUUCAAGCGUGAUUCCACCUCAAACCAACUUCCUGUGUUUGUCCUGGGGGGUUUUGAGCACAGCUCGCUCUCUGGGUCUGGCUUAAAAUAGCUCGAGCAAUGAUUUGAAUUGCUGACUGAAAUGCAUUCAAAAAGAUUCCUUAUCUGCGAGGUUGAUCAGGCGAAAGCAAUGGAAGCUGAAGAAACCCUACCAGAGCUGCUUUUCGUCCGUGGAACCUUGCCGUCUGAAACUGUCGUAAGCAAUACUGCCUCGUGUGAUUCCAGCAGUUUCUUGAAUGAAUCUCCGAGUUAACACUGCCGGCUUUAGGUGAACUUUGUAAAUGAGAUGAUACAGUUUAUUAUUGCACAAUGUAGCUAAAGAGGACCUGUUUGUGUAAACAGAGCUUCGUGUCCUGUUCCUUUUUUUUUUUUUUUUUUUUUUUUUCUUCUUUUUCUUCUUUUGGUCCUCGGUCUAGUGGAUACAAUUCUUUCUAAUUUCAUCCCAAUUAUUUGCCUUCUCAUUUAAACAGCCUUGUCAAUUGGUUUAUAAAAAUCUGUAAUGAUCUUGCAUAAUGUGAAAUUUUGCAGC